UUUUGCAUUGUGUCUUGGAAGAGCCGGCGAGUCGUCCCCCGUAAAACCGUCUCAACCCACCGCGGCAAUGUCGGGCAGGUCGGUCCGAGCGGAGACCCGGAGCAGGGCCAAAGAUGACAUCAAGCGGGUGAUGGCCGCUAUCGAGAAAGUACGAAAAUGGGAGAAGAAAUGGGUGACUGUCGGGGACACGUCCCUUCGUAUCUACAAGUGGGUUCCAGUGACGGAGCCCAAAUCGGACGACAAAAACAAGAACAAGAAGAAGGGCAAGGAUGAGAAAUACGGCUCUGAGUUGACCACUCCAGAGAACAGUUCGUCCCCCGGGAUGAUGGACAUGCACGAUGACAACAGCAACCAGAGCUCCAUCGCCGACUCGUCACCCGUCAAACAGGAAACCAGCUGUAGCACCAGUCCGGCACCGGAGUCCACUACGGCGUCUCACCGCGAAAACGAGGCCAAGACUGAGCAGAGUUCUGACGCCAAGAGAGGUAAGAACGCGUCGUCGUCGGAAGUUCCCGAUCGAGCGCAAAGCGUCAAGCGAGAAGGAGAGAAAGACGCCUCGGACAGCAAAGCCAGUCAGGACGUGGAUGAAGAGGCCCCGCCCACCAAGAAGAGCAAAGUGGAGUGUCCGGACUUUGACGAGAGUUAAAGUUCGGGCUUCUGGACUCACUCACGCCCCCUUCUGUCCAAAAGGGACGGUACUCCUCCACUAAAGAUGGAUCCUCCAUUGUCCGCCUCGCCAAACGUGCUUCCUUCCACGUCUGACCAGAAGGGCGGCGCCCGGGUAUCCGCUUUAGGAAUUUGUUUUGAGGGAAGGGGCGUCGAUGCUCCCCUUAGACCGAUAUUCUUUCUUUUUUUACGUGUUUAGGAAGUUUUUCUCAGGAGGGUCGAUGCACUGUUACCAUGUUUGUCACCAUGGAUCACACUUUAGACGGAAGCUUCUUCUCUCCUUCCACGGACGAAGAAGGUGCCUUGCUGGCUUUUUUGCUGCCAUCCUUUAGCUUUGGUGUUUGCCUUAAAGCCGUCAGUCGUCGUAGCUUUAGCACGGCUGUCCUUUAGCUUAGCAUCGAGCCUGGAAGCAGGUAGCUCCUUUCACACAGAACAAGUCCACCCGAGAAAGUGGCUCCUUUUACACAGAAUAAGUCUACCCGAGAGUAGCUCCUUUCACACAGAAUAAGUCUACCCGAGAAAGUAGCUCCUUUCACACAGAAUAAGUCCACCCGAGAAAGUAGCUCCUUUCACACAGAAUAAGUCCACCCGAGAAAGUAGCUCCUUUCACACAGAAUAAGUCCACCCGAGAAAGUAGCUCCUUUUACACAGAAUAAGUCCACCCGAGAAAGUAGCUCCUUUCACACAGAUUAAGUCCACCCGAGAAAGUGGCUCCUUUUACACAGAAUAAGUCCACCCGAGAAAGUGGCUCCUUUUACACAGAAUAAGUCCACCUGAGAAAGUAGCUCCUUUCACACAGAAUAAGUCCACCCGAGAAAGUAGCUCCUUUCACGCAGAAUAAGUCGACCCGAGAAAGUGGCUCCUUUUACACAGAAUAAGUCCACCCGAGAAAGUGGCUCCUUUUACACAGAAUAAGUCCACCUGAGAAAGUAGCUCCUUUCACACAGAAUAAGUCCACCCGAGAAAGUAGCUCCUUUCACGCAGAAUAAGUCGACCCGAUAAAGUAGCUCCUUUUAAACAAAAUAAGUCCACCCGAGAAAGUAGCUCCUUUUAAACAAAAUAAGUCCACCUAAAAAGAGUAGCUCCUUUCACACAGAAUAUGUCCACCCAAUAAAGUAGCUCCUUUCACACAGAAUAAGUCCACCUGAGAAAGUAGCUCCUUUCACACAGAGUAAGUCCACCUGAGAAAGUAGCUCCUUUCACACAGAAUAAGUCGACCCGAGAAAGUAGCUCCUUUUACACAGAAUAAGUCCACCCGAGAAAGUAGCUCCUU